AUGUCAGAGGACAUUCAAAGUAAAUUCUUUGGACCGACUUUCGACGCAUUACGGGAGUUUUCGAAAAGAAAAGAGGAUUCCUUGUUAAAUGUGGUACUGACUCGAUCGGCAGCUGAGUUGGCUGCCAUCGUCGUUGGCAGUUCCGUCUACGAAGUAUACGUCGAUCUUCCUGAAUGUAGACUUUUACUGAAUGCAAUGGAAACAUUGAAGAGAAGGCAGUCGGUAGCCGAUAAUUUAAAGCUCUUGACUUGGUUGAAUAAGAACCUACCGACGAAAAAAGUAUCACCGAACGGUAAGGAGCACGUCAUGCAGUUGAUAGACAUGAGAUUGUUCCUGAGUCGGUGUGCCUUCACAAAUUUGCCAAACGCUGUGUUUAAGCCGUUCGUACCUAUUGUGAAAAAUUUCCUCGUUGCUAAGCUACUUCGUCUAAGACACAAAGGCAGACUGUAUACAGGUCCACCGCCGUUCCCGGCUGAGAAUCAAUUGCCUUCAAUAGUUAAUGCUAUUGGGCCAAUGGAUCAAUUGGAACGCAGUUAUCCCCACUUAGCUCGCUUGAAACGUGAGAUGGUCGCCAAUAUAACACAAUUUACCAUCACUUAUUGCUUGGACUGGGUUUGCGAAUUGCUCACAAUAAAAAGUGAUAGCAAAGGAUACAUCAGAUUCGGCUAUCCUAUAAUGAAAGUGGAACCAGAUUGGAAGGAUACAGGAGAUGGUCCCCUCGAAGGGCCGUCAUCGAUGGAUGAGGAUAUGUACCGUAAUGAACAGAAACCAGAGAAUCCAUCAUCGUCCCCAGCGGAAAAGAUGACUCGCAAGGAUCGCAAGGGUUCAAGGGUGCCUCCUGAACAAUCGGCUAUUCAUGACGAGUGGAGUGAUAUGUUGAAUAUGGCAAUGAUCCACACAAGGCGUACUGACGAGGUAAAAAUUGCCUUCCAAAUGCUUCGAUGUGAGCAGAUUGGAAUCAGCGGCCUUACUGCCACACUCAGAGAGAACUUCAUUACUUUGAAAGAGAUGCAAACUGGUAGCGUGGAGUCGAUAAGAAGAGUUGUCCUGGGAGGCUUAGCCGAGGAACUUCAAGAGACUGAAGCUGAGGGGGAAAUAACAAAUGCUAUCGAAGAAAGUCAGAAAGUUCUCAAUAAGAACGACGUCUACGAAAAACUUAGGAAAUGUUUUCCUCAGAAUCUUCCUAAUCCGCAUGCAUUCAAGAGGAAGGGAUAUGCCAACAAACAACAAGUACGUCAAUUUUUUGAAGAAAUUUUGCGCGUAUUCUCAGACGGUUUCCUCGGAGAGAAGAAUUCUGGAGAGCUAUUGAAUAGCAUACUCGAUAAGAUUGUUCCUUGGAAGUCGACUACGGCAUUGAGACUCACUACUUCUCGUUUACGAGUACUUGAGUGUGGCCCUUGUCGAGCAUUGCGCUCCCGAAGGACGAGAUUGUUGCGAGACGUGUCUUCAAUUCAACGCGAACUGCUAAUCAGGAUUGCUGAGUUUCUCACUGGAUUAUUACUGAAGACACUUCUAGAAUGCGCGUACUUCUAUGUGGAAAAGCAUAAUACCGAUUAUCUAAUCUACGACAAGAAGAGCUUUGAGCACUGGAGAAGAGUCGAAAAGAACAAGUUCAUUAGAGACUACUCAGUUGAACUCGCUGAACGGGACAGAAAAGCCACAAGUUACUACGUUCUUGGAAAAACUCUUUGUAGGCCUAUACUGAUGUGCACACUGCAGGGAAGUUCUAGAUACAAAACAGAGAUGAGAGUACUAGCAGCAUGCCUUGAUGCUUACAUUCAAGCGUCUGGAUUCAAGUCGGCUGGAGGUUGUGCAUCAUCGUAUAAAUCCGGGCGGUUAUUCUUUGCUAAGGCGGACGUACAGAAUUGUUUUGCUUGUGUCAAUAGGGAAAUAUUGAAGAAAGCCCUAAUGGUUGUUAUGGAAAACAGGACGUUGCACGUUGUCUAUGGUUAUGGAAGGAUACCAAAUCAUGGGUUCCGGCGAGUCGAUCGAGCUGCCCCGACAUAUGAAGCUGCUGUGAAGGCGAUGUUUCAAUUCAUGAAGAAGAAAAAACUCGAAUGUGUCAGUCGAGUACCAGAAAAGAAUGAGGUGAUUCCAGCGUCGCACGUUUUCAACAGGAUCAUGUCACUUUUGGAUGGAAUACGGGUACAGAUUCUGCUCUCCUUGGAUAGAUCCGAUAUUCAGUACGAAAUGAGGCAAGGUGUGCCGCAAGGAUUUGAACUAUCGUCUCGACUAGCUCACAUCUAUCUCCUCUACUUUGAAAGCACAUAUUGGAAACAACUCUCAAGAAGAACAUGUCUUUUACGCUAUGUGGACGACUACUUAGUAUGUUCAUAUUCGCGAGCCGAAGUGAUGAGGAUCUAUCUCCUCUACUUUGAAAGCACAUAUUGGAAACAACUCUCAAGAAGAACAUGUCUUCUACGCUAUGUAGACGACUACUUAGUAUGUUCAUAUUCGCGAGCCGAAGUGAUGAGGGGAGUAAUGAGGUUAAACGUUGUACUGAGAGAAGUUAAUGUUUCAGAUAUUGAAGACCCUGCAGACUCCAAACGAGUUUGGCGUAUCGAUUAG